CCCUGCCCGCCUUCCACCUGCGCUUCCCGGCCUCUCCCAGGGCGCCCAGACCAGACGCCCUGCCUCGAGUCCCUCAGGACCGGCGAGAGCGGCCCCCGGGUCUGGGCCACGGCCUGCACGCCCCCCCGGAAAGGAGCCGGUGAACCCUGACAAGCAGCAGAGAUGGGGAAAAACCUGGAUCUUUCCAAGCUCACAGAUGAAGAGGCCAAGCACGUCUGGGAGGUGGUUCAACGGGACUUGGUCCUGAGGAGGAAAGAAGAGGAACGGCUUGAGGGAUUGAAGGGCAAGAUUAAAAAGGAAAGCUCUCAGAGGGAGCUGCUCCCAGACACAGCCCACCUGAACGAGACCCACUGUGCCCACUGCCUGCAGCCCUACCGGCUCCUCGUCAGCCCCAAAAAGCAAUGCCUGGACUGCCGCCUCUUUAUCUGCACUGACUGCAGCCACGCCCACCCGGAGGAGCAAGGCUGGCUCUGUGACCCCUGCCACCUGGCCAGAGUUGUGAGGAUCGGCUCACUGGAGUGGUACUACGGGCACGUGCGAGCCCGCUUCAAGAGGUUUGGGAGUGCCAAGGUGAUCCGGUCCCUCUGCGGGCGGCUGCAGGGCGCAGGUUUACCUGACAGAGUCCGUAGCUCACCUGAUGCCAACAGCGAACCUGAGCCAAGCCCCGGAGAGAGAAGUGGGGACAGUGAGCCAACAGAUGAGGAUGGAGAGCUGGACGCAGUGGCCCAGGGCCCACCCCUUGGCAGCAAAAAGCGCCUCCUCUCCGUUCACGGCUUGGACUUUGAGGCGGACUCCGAUGACUCCAUUCAGUCUCACAGUCACCCCCCGAGCCUGUGUUCAGUCCCAGCAGCCACGGACGGCCUGCAGGCCCCCACAGAUGAGCCCUGUGCAGACGAGGCCCGCUCCCUGGAGGCUGAGGUCCCAGAGGAGGCUGACGCCAAGGCCUCUGGGUGCCACCUCUGCCCAGAGGAGCAGGCAGAUAGCCUCUCACCUGCUGGACAGAACGCGCUUGCUGAGCCCUGCCCACCCUGCAUGAUGGCCCUGGGGACCACUGCCACACCUGGGACGCAUGUCGUCAGGAAAGAGCAGCUCCCCUCCCAGUCCCUGGCCGACGUGGACACCUCCGAUGAGGAGAGUGCCUGGGCCCACAGCCUGGCCCCCCACCAUUCCAGACCCAGACGCCGGGCUUUGCCUGGGAGCCAGUGUCUAGUUGGCAAGGAGCCCACAGAUGUGGACGCAGAAGAGGCGGCCCUAAAGAGGAAGCUGGAGGAGUUGACCAGCCAUGUCAGUGACCAGGGCACCUCGUCCGAGGAGGAGGGCAUGGAUGAGCAGGCAGAGCUGCCCGGGAGCACCUCCGUCGAGGGCCUCCCCGGGGUGACCGCAGAGGUACGCACAGCAGCAGGCCAAAUGUACAGACUGGAGGAGACCCCCCGGGGUCCUCAGGACCCCAUGCAGCCUGACAGGACCCCCGACAAGGAGCUCUCGGAGCUGGAAGGCAUGGUGGCCGUGGCAGCCUCCGAGGUGCAGCAGGCGGAGAGCAAGGUUUCCGAAAUCGAGUCCAGGAUCGCAGCCUUGCAGGCCGCAGGGCUCACCGUGAGGCCCCGGAGGAAGUCCAACAUCCCGAUCUUUCUCCCCCGGCUUGUUGGGACAUUUGGCCGGCAUCCUGGGGAUUCAAACACAGGCUCUUCAGAUGAGGUUGAGGUGAUGGCUGCACCCCAUCUUCUGAGGCAGAAGCUCAGGAGCUCCCCUGGAAGUCAAGGCAAAGUCAAUGACUCCUUUGUCCGGAAAUCAGUGUACCGUGGGUCCUUGACGCAGAGAAACCCCGACAGCAGGAAGGGGACGUCCCACCACAGCUUUGCGAAACCUGUGAUGACCCACCAGCCUUAAAGGGGGAGGCUGGUCAGAGCAGGACAGACAGACAGAGCAGCCCUGGCCCCUGCUUCCCCCACUUUGGCUAUCACGUCCCUCCAUCUGCCCUGCACACAGUCCAGGGGAGAAGCAAGAAGAAAUGCCAUCCCUAAGGGAACCCCAGCUGGGAGAUAAUGGUGGUUCACAGCCCUUCACCUGUUCACCCACCUCCACUGAUGACUGCCAAGCCCCCCACCCCUGCCCCACUACCCCGGCCAGCCAGCUCUGAUCCGGGAAAAACACCUAACUCAUGCGUCUUUCCUUUGGGACAAUUUUGUUGAAACGUUUUGAAGGACACAAAGACCGUUUCCCGUGUGAUCUUCUACUCCUUUCACUACCGCCUGGAAUGGAAAAAGGAUGGCUCAGUGUGGCACCAGCCACCUGUGUGUUCUUGGGCCAUGUACAUGGAAGUGUGGGCUGGUGUGUGUGUUUCUCUAUGGACAAGAAAAUUGGGCAUCAAAGCAAGUGACCAGCUGAGUAGUGGGGGAGGGAUAGGCCCCCCCAGCCCCCUCACACGCACAUCUCUUCUGUAAGCACAUCUACUCUGUGGCCAAGGGCAGAGCACACACGGUAGCAAAUGGGCAUCCGGGCAGUGCCUAGAGGCAGGUACCAGGACCUGCUGGGAGAGGUGCUGGUGGAGCUCUAGGUAGGCGGGCAGGCACUGGGGCUCCAGCCCAGCACUGCUACUCACUGGCACAAUCCAGGGGGACAGAGGGCCAGGGCCAGUUAACAAUGCCUGCCAGCCACUCGCCGUUGGUUCCGUAGAGAAGCUCCAACUCCUGCUGCACCUGGGACAGGCUGGGACUCAGAGUUCCUUCUGGGAGGCAGUGUGGCUCACCCAGUUUUAAGGGGAGCCCUCUGGGACCCUCCAGGAGUACCCUUGAACACAGAACAGUAAUUGCAGCUCCCACUCAGAGGGCUGCCAAACCCUUCACAGGGACUAGUUUAUUUAAUCCUCCAAUUAAGAAUAGGCCCAUUUUGCAGAGGAGGACAGGGAGUCCUGAGUGUGAGGCAGCCUCCCUGGAGCUAGGCUCUACUUACAUGGUCCUCCGCUGCUUUCUAAUGCGGCUUUGGGAAAGCUUUGACUUUUCUGUCUCAGAUCACAUGGUGUUUGUGUUCAAAUGAAACAGUAACCAAAAGAGAUGGAGAAAUCACGUCCCAGAGCCUUUGAUAAUGGGCCUUUCUCCUGACCUGUCUGGGGGCCUGCCCCACUCCUGUUGCACAGACCUUACACCACUAGCUUUGCAGUCCCAGGGAGCCCGGGAUGUCGCAGCCCCGCAAAGGCCACGUUGUCCACAGGCUGACCCAUGGCAGCUCCAAGUGUGAUUGCAGCUUUUCAGAAAUCUGCUUGAGUUGACCCGAAUGACCAGGCUCCAGGUUUGUGGAAAAGAAGGAUCUCACACUCCAUCUCAGGCUGGAAGCUGGUUAAAAUGCACAGCUCCUAAGUCAAUGCUAAAGCAAUUAAAGGAUUCCUGUUGAUCAAAGGGA